UAAAGAAGAGAAAAAAACCUAGAAAAGCCCUGGAAUUACAAAGAAGACUAGUAGACAACGUAUGAGCGAUAACGCAGUGAACGAACUCGACGAAUAAAAUAACAAAAUGUUCCAGGGGGCGUUGGCGAUGGAAACAGAGUGGGGCAGAUCAAAUCGUCCACCCACCCUCUCAUCGUCUUCUCCGCCCGCUUUCUCUCUUUUUCCCUCCUCUCCUACCCUCCCACACACAUUCACACCCCUUUCCUCUCCCUCUCUCUUUCUCUCCAAUCCCUCGUUCUCCUUCCCAUGGCUUCCUCCUCUCCUUUCCUCUCCAAAAUCCCCAUCUCCAACAAAACCAUCUCCUUCACUUCCUCUCUCUCCCCCCUGCCUUCCACAUUUCCUUUCAAAUCCGUUCGGCACCACAGACGAAAUGCGUUGAGGGUCCAAUCGAAGAUCCGGGAGAUCUUCAUGCCCGCUCUCAGCUCCACCAUGACUGAGGGCAAGAUCGUCUCCUGGAUUAAAUCCGAAGGUGACGUCCUCUCCAAAGGUGAAAGCGUCGUCGUUGUUGAGUCCGAUAAGGCCGACAUGGAUGUCGAGACCUUCUACGACGGCAUUCUCGCUGCAAUUGUUGUGCCUGAGGGUGAAACUGCUCCUGUCGGUGCUCCUAUCGGACUUUUAGCUGAGACUGAGGACGAAAUUGCUGAAGCCAAAGCAAAAGCCAACUCGAAAACGGGUAGUACUGGUUCUGAAGCUGUUGCUUCCACUCCUCCUCCUGCUACUUCUGCUCCUGCUCCCGCAAUUUCGCAACCCGCAGCUGCUCCCGCGAUUCCUGCUGUUGAGGGGCCCAGGAAGAUAGUGGCGACGCCGUAUGCAAAGAAGUUGGCCAAGCAGCAUAAGGUGGAUAUCAACAAGGUAGUUGGAAAGGGGCCGUUCGGGAGGAUUACUCCGGCUGACGUGGAGGCAGCGGCAGGUAUUACCCCUUCCAAACCUGUGGCUCCGAAGCCUACUCCAGUAGCGGCCGCUGCUGCUGCCCCUUCUCCUCCAGCUAAACCUGCUGCUACUCCAUCAGCUCCUCCACUUCCAGGAUCUACGGUAGUACCGUUUACAACAAUGCAAGCGGCAGUGUCAAAAAAUAUGGUGGACAGUCUUUCAGUACCCACUUUUCGGGUUGGAUAUCCAGUGACAACCGAUGCACUUGAUGUACUAUAUGAGAAGGUGAAACCAAAAGGUGUGACAAUGACUGCAUUAUUGGCAAAAGCUGCAGCAAUGGCACUUGUUCAACACCCAGUCGUGAAUGCCAGCUGCAAAGAUGGGAAAAGUUUUACCUAUAACAGUAACGUUAACAUUGCAGUGGCAGUGGCAAUCAAUGGCGGAUUGAUAACCCCUGUUCUUCAAAAUGCAGAUAAGUUGGAUCUAUACUUAUUAUCACAAAAGUGGAAAGAGUUGGUGGAGAAAGCCAGAGCAAAGCAACUUCAGCCCCAUGAGUACAAUUCAGGGACAUUCACUCUAUCCAAUUUGGGAAUGUUUGGAGUGGACAGGUUUGAUGCUAUUCUUCCUCCUGGUCAGGGGGCUAUAAUGGCGGUUGGAGCAUCAAAACCAACUGUGGUGGCUGAUGCAGAUGGAUUCUUUUGUGUUAAAAGUAAAAUGCUGGUGAAUGUGACAGCUGAUCACAGAACUGUCUAUGGUGCUGACUUGGCUGCCUUUCUUCAAACGUUCGCAAAGAUUGUUGAGAACCCAGAAAGCCUGACAUUGUAAUGACGUUUUGGGCUUUCAGGCCACGGUUCUGCUGAUUUUGAGUUACCUACUAUUUGGUUGUUGUCAAGAUGCUGGUGCCUACGAAACAAAGCGCUCGGCCGGCGAGGCCGGUUUUGCAGUCCUCUUUAGCGAUAUUAUGCUCAUGUUGUAUUUUUUUUAAACGUUUUAAUUAUAAGGAUUACAGUGACAUCGAGUAGAUUUUUAAAAGAAGGGAAUAAUAAUAUUUCAAAUUUUUAGCUUUUGACAGAA